CGUAUCACGCGCGGCGGAAACACGACACAUUAUUAAUGUGCGCGGCGAUGGAUAAAAAUAAUACGCGCGGCCACCGACCUGUGUGCUAAAAACGUGUACGACGGCGAAACGCUAGCUCGCCGGCGGCGCGCGCGCGCGCUCUAACUUUUCGCGCACCGUUUCCGUCUGUCCCGCGCCGCGCCGCGCGUUCGCCAACGAUUCGCGCCGUCACCGUCUCUCUCGUUCUCCGUCUCGUGUCGCGGCGCGCGCGCGCAAGCACACGCCGCCGACCGCCUUGAUAAAAUAAUAUUACACAUAAAUCGAUGGUACGCGAUAAAACGCGCAAAAGUCUUCCGUUUUUGACCCGAUCGCUCUCGGCAGCACAUAGCAAUCGUCGUUACUUGCUGAGCAGCUCCGUCGCCGUCGUCGUCGUCGAGUGACGGAGACGUCACUGCAAUAUAAUAACGUUUUAAUAAUAUAUAGAGCAAACGACGAUCGUGUCCAGUUCAGGUAACAGACGUGAUGAUGACGGCCGCGCGAUGACCACUUUGAGACUUGUCGGCAGGUGACACUGGCCGGCCUGAACACCGUUCAAAAUCAUCCGCGGUGGACGUUGAAAAAAAAGUGUUGUGCUCGACCUCGCAGUCCUGCGUAAAGGUGGUGUUGACGCGCGCGCGCGAGAUAUGACCGCCAAGACCGCCGUAAAGUCCGCCAACGAACCGGCGGACGACCCGCUUGAACACAUGCUAUUGUUCUUCAACCUGAGCAUACGUAAACUGGCGUUCGUCGGCGUGUCUUUGCCGCUCAUCACUCUUCUGACGUGUCUGGCUACCGCGUACGUUUUUCAGUACGACGACGUACACGAAACGCACUGUCGAGUCUACAAUGUGAUACCUUCGAUUAGUGCCAUCACCGGUGUGACGCCUCAAACGUAUAUGUGGCGGAUAGCCGUAGCUUUUCACGUUGGACCACGUAUGGUUAUUGCCCAAGUAUACUACAACUAUUUCAUCAGCCAGAUGUCCAAAGUUGUUGACAAAUCCACCAGUUAUAUACUUAUCAAUCUCUGCUACUGGCUCAAUCUCAUCGAAAUAGCCGCAAUCUGUGGCGUAACUUACAUAUCUAAUCGAGAAAACUAUCCCGUGCACGAGAAAAUUUUCAUUUUGUUCAUGCUCAGCUCGUUGUUGUAUAUGAUUGUCAUGAUUAAAACAUUCAACAUGAUGCACAAAACUAUGACAGAACAUCAGCGUUUAUCAUAUAACAUUAAGAAAGUACUAUUCGCUAUUUGUAUCACAUCGACGUUCACAUUGAUAAUUUACUUUAUCAAACACCGGUUUUAUUGCCACGACUUGGCAUUUACCUGGUUUGCACUCAGUGAGUAUGUCCUGGCAGUAUCAAAUAUGGCUUUCCACUUUACCAUAACACUGGACUUCCCACAUGAACAGUUAAUAGUUGCUAAAAAUUUUCCAACACUCAAAACUGACUGAAGUGUUCUCUAUAUUGAAUUGAAGACUUAUGACUCAAACACCUUACUUCCAUACACCUUCUAAUUAAUCUACGUUUUAUGUAUUUGUAAAUAGUACACAUAAAUAUAUGAACACCUUUGACAGCUCUUAGGCAAAUGCUCAUGUAAUAUGUGUUUAGUCUGGAAACUAUAUUGUUAUAUAUUCUUGUUGACUUUCAGUUUGAAUAGUUUUCAAUUGUAUUUUUAAUUUCCUAUGUAAUUGAAAUUUUUCUUUAUCUAAUGUUAAGUUCAAAUAUAUAAAUAUUUUAUAUACACACUUAUAUAAUUAUAUAUUAUGCAAGUAUAAUAUAGUUUCCAAUAUAAACACGCACAAUAACUAAUGUUUUAAAUUGUUGUGAUUUCACUGCCAAGGAUAAUAAUAUGUUUUUAAAUUUAUUUAUAAUAUAAUCUAUAAAUUUAGGUCACAUAUCUACCGUUGUCCUUUGGCAAGUGUUUUUAUUGCAAUUAACUGAGCAUUAAGUUAGUCUACAUGUUAAAGAUAUAACACUUAAAUUUAUUAUAUUUGAGUGCAAAAACAAAACAAAAAAAAAAGUGACCAAUAUAAAUAGGCAGUGUGUGUACAAAUGUACAAUUGUUUCUUAAGUAUCUUGAAUAAAAAACAAAUCA